AUGGAGGCUGGGCGGCAUCUUCUGCGCCCGUUUUUGGGCUUUCUUCUCCUCCUCAGCCAUGUCUUUGCUGAUUAUCAAAUCGUCAAUGACAAGAGUUGCGACUGCUACUUGACGAAUGGCAGCACGGGAACCUAUUUCACGACGCACAAAUUCUACGACUUCCGGUCUAUGUCACAACAUGUCAACGUUCCCGCGGUUUUAUCAGAUCCGGACGCAGCUGGUCAAGCCGAUGUUUCGAACGACUAUUUCAACUCACAGGAGUGGACAGAUGCUUGGGGAAUUCAACAGUGGAACAACAGUGCCAACUUAGACAGUGGGGAUGCAUCGGUUUUAAUGGUCAAUUCGCCUAGCAAUGUCUACUUCGAGAAGAACACCGAGUCUGGUGCGCAGUCCGAUACCUUCUUAACUCUAAGAACGGUUCGACUCGAAGACUUUCAGUCCUCGGCCGAGUUUGAGUCGGUUCCCAAGACCUAUCACUUCGCCUCGGCUCGAAUGUACGCCCGAACGGUUGGCGCUCCGGGGGCUAUCACGGCUAUGUUUACGUACAGAAAAUCGGAUGACCCGAAUAAAAUCCAGGAAGCAGACUUGGAAAUCAGAACUAUGGACCCCCCCGAUGUGAUACAGUACACCAACCAGCCUUCCUAUACCAGGACGGGUGACGGUGAGAAUUUUCAAGCCACUCGUAACGCUACGGUCCCCGUAGGCUGGGACGACUGGGCUGUGCAUCGCAUGGACUGGAGCCCCGGCAGUACCAUGUGGUACGUAGACGGGCAAAAUGUGAGCCAGAUUGCGUACCAGACGCCACGAGAUCCGAGCCAAGUCAUCUUCAACUCAUGGAGCGACGGCGCGCAGUGGAGCGGCAACAUGAGCCUGGGAUCCGAGGCGUACCUCCAGAUCCAAUGGAUCGAGCUUAUCUUCAACUCCACCGGCAAUGAAAAGACAACAGACCCGAAUAAGCACCGUAUAAGGGGAAUGCGUGGCUUGUACAGCAGGGAGGACACCAAAGGAUGCCACAAUAUAUGCAGUGUCGAUGAGACAAAGGAGAUUGGAACUCCAGUAUUACUUCAGGGAGGCGCUUCGCAAGGCAGAGCUGGGAAUCUGGGUCUUUGGAUGCCAGUUCUUGCAGCAAUCUUGCUGAUACUACUAUGA